UUUGAAAGCUGCAGUGCCACGUCCACUGCUGUGUGUCUGUGCUGGGCGGAACUGGGCUUCUUUAUUUCUAAAGGCGUGUGUUCUCCUGAGGAUGGCCUGAUCUCGGGUGUCCGCUGCUGUGUGUGUGUUCGGUCGUGAUGGACCCAGAGGCCUGCUUCACUCUGGCGUACGCGGCGUUCUCGCUGUGCUUCGUGUUCACUCCGAGCGAGGUGCGCUCCGCGGGGCUGACCGUGCAGCACCUGUUCUCGGAGUGGCUGGGCAGCGAAGACCUGCGCUUCAUCCAGCACCACAUCAGGAGGAGCACCCUGACCCUGCUGCUGCACUGCUGCCUGCCGCUCGGAUAUUAUGUAGGAAUGUGUUUUGCGUCUCCGGAGCAGAAUCUGCUGUACGUGCAUCAGGCGCCUGCGGGCUGGCAGCUGUACUUCAGCGUCUCUCUGGCCGUGCUGCUGGUGAGCUGUGUUCUGGCGCUGCACUGGUCCAGACGCGGCUGGGAGAAUCACCCCAUCUGUAGGGCGCUCAGCACUCACGCCCAGCCACAGUCCAGCUGGAGAGCCGUGGCCUCCUCCAUCAACACCGAGUUCCGCCGCAUCGAUAAGUUCUCCUCGGGCUGCCAGAGCGCCAGGGUGAUCGUCACCGACACCUGGGUGAUGAAGGUCAGCACGUACUCGCUGCACGUGGCCCUGCAUCAGGACUGUCACCUGACCGUCACGGACUCCCGACAGCACAGCCUGUCGCCCGAGCUCAAUGCGCCGGUGCAGAUCCUCACCAUCAGCGUGGCCAGCCUCAACCCCAGAGUCCAGCCCUUCCACAUCAGGCUGAAGUCCACGGAGUACCUGGAGCUGCAGGAGAAACUGCACGCGCCCAUCAGAAACGCUGCCAAUGUGGUCAUCCAUCUGACCAUGAGCGAGCUCUUCCUGGAGACCUUCAAGACGUAUGUGAAGAUGAACGCGGUUUACAAGUGUCCGAGUGGACAGUGUGCUGUGCCUCUGCAGGAGCUGGAGCCGUGCAUCGGCUGUAUGCAGGCCAGCGCCGGCGUGAAGCUGCUGCGUCUGUGUCAGGCUGACGGCGACGGAGAGUGUCAGGAGUGCUUCUGCCGGCCCAUGUGGUGUCUCACCUGUAUGGGGAAGUGGUUCGCCAGUCGCCAGGACCAGCAGCAGCCGGAGACGUGGCUGAGCAGCAGGGUCCCGUGUCCCACCUGCAGGGCCAAGUUCUGCAUUCUAGACGUCUGCUCCGUUGAAUGAGGAGAUCGCUCUGAACUUCUGUGUGCUUUCAAAACCUCUGUGCCUCUCAAACUACAAACAUGACGGAGAAUCAAGCCCGUCCAGCUCACGUUUCACCACAAACUCAGCAGAAACAAUAAAUUAUAUUUUGCUUGCCUUCAUGAAGCCACUGUAUCAUAUUUGAUUUGAAUUUCUAAAGCCCUAAAUGCUAAAACUCUGCUGUUUCACACAUCAUCAUCAUUCAUCUCGACUGAUUCUGAUCAAGUAAGCGUCAGAAUAACUGCAGUCAUGUCUCCAGAUGAACACUUGCUGGACUGAAGCAGCUCAGCUUUACUUGAUUCUCCAUCAAUCAUUUUCUAGAAGAAUCAGUGCAUCUCAAAUCUGAUCAUCAGGAUCUUCUGAGGAGCUUUACUUUCACUGUUCCUCAGCGGAGGAAUGAUCUUCUGAGGAGCGUUUAUUUCUUCAUCUCUCAGUCAGCACUGCAUUAUAUGUUUGAAUCACUUCAGUCUCAUCUUACUGAGACAUAUUACUGGAGAUAUAGAGCGACCGCUGAUGUUUAGAUCAUUUAAUGUCUGUUAUAAAGAUCUCAUUGAUUUACAUCACAAGCAUCAGAAUUUCAUCAUAUUAAUAUCAGCAUCUGCAGCAAAUUCAUUUUUUUGCUCUAUUUGAGUCUCUGAAUAAAAUUGAGCUGUUUUUUCCUCCAUAUUCUCACUGUAUCACACCACAUGAACCAUAAAAGUCUGAUUAUCAAAUAUGAUACUCAACAAAAACACAUAUGCAAACUGUCUUUUUUAAGGAUGUGAAGGUUCAAUAAACUGUUCUAUUAAAACAAAAACAA